CUGCAUCCUCGGCGGGCGGCGACAAGAAGGCAGCAAGGGGCGGCCGCCGGCAGCGGCACCAUGUGACGGGCACCGCUGAGUGACACGCAGCUUCGGUUACAGAGCGGGCGUGCAGGAGGGGAGGCGACGGCACGCUGGACGCGGAGGAAUAGCCUGACUUUCCCAGCUAAACCGUCACGAGCCAUGGAUGCACAGGGGCGACGCGCCCCCCAAUAGGAGAAUGACUGCGAUUCGAGACCCUCGGCGGCCGAGCAUGUGGAUGAGGAGGAGAGACAGGAGAGCGCGGGCUGGGGCAGCCACGCCGCUCCGCCUGAAGGUCGCCGCCCUUCACCUUCCUCGGAAAUCCGCCACGCCACGCUGAGCCUCCCCGCCCAGCCCUCACUGACGGAGGCCACCUUUCCUCCGCUGAGGCAGCCAGACCUUGACACAAAGGACAUCGCACGGCCGGGGGAAAAUCACGGAAGGGCGGAUACCUUGACGUCUCCUUUUGCCGCUUUUCCUUUAUUGCCCGAGGGGUGUGACCCUUAUAUUUUUGCUGCUAUCCAUUUGUAAAUACACUCAGAAAAGGAGGAUUUGGACGACAGGUACUUUCUAAACAUGAUGCAUUUCAAAAGUGGACUCGAAUUAACUGAAUUACAAAACAUGACAGUGCCCGAAGAUGAUAACAUUAGCAAUGAUUCCAAUGAUUUCACCGAGGUAGAAAAUGGUCAGAUAAAUAGCAAGUUUAUUUCUGAUCGUGAAAGUAGAAGGAGUCUCACGAACAGCCAUUUGGAAAAAAAGAAAUGUGAUGACUAUAUUCCAGGAACAACCUCCUUGGGCAUGUCUGUUUUUAACCUAAGCAACGCCAUUAUGGGCAGUGGGAUUUUGGGACUCGCCUUCGCCCUGGCAAAUACCGGAAUCCUACUUUUUCUGGUACUUUUGACUUCAGUAACACUGCUGUCUAUAUAUUCAAUCAACCUUCUGUUGAUCUGUUCAAAGGAAACAGGCUGCAUGGUUUAUGAAAAGCUGGGAGAACAGGUCUUUGGCACCACAGGGAAACUUGUCAUCUUUGGAGCCACCUCCCUACAGAACACUGGAGCAAUGCUGAGCUACCUCUUCAUAGUAAAAAACGAACUGCCCUCUGCCAUAAAGUUUCUAAUGGGAAAGGAAGAGACAUUUUCAGCCUGGUACGUGGAUGGCCGUCUUCUGGUGGUGGUAGUUACCUUUGGCAUAAUUCUCCCUCUGUGUCUCUUGAAGAACUUAGGCUAUCUUGGCUAUACUAGUGGAUUUUCCUUGAGCUGUAUGGUUUUUUUCCUAAUUGUGGUUAUAUACAAGAAAUUUCAAAUUCCCUGCCUUGUUCCAGAGCUAAAUUCAACAAUAAGUGCUAAUUCAACAAAUGCUGCCAUGUGUACGCCAAAAUAUGUUACCUUCAAUUCAAAGACCGUGUACGCUUUACCAACAAUUGCAUUUGCAUUUGUCUGCCACCCGUCUGUCCUGCCAAUUUACAGCGAGCUUAAAGAUCGAUCACAGAAAAAGAUGCAGAUGGUUUCAAAUAUCUCCUUUUUCGCCAUGUUUGUUAUGUAUUUCUUGACUGCCAUUUUUGGCUACUUGACAUUCUAUGAAAAUGUGCAUUCGGACCUCCUCCACAAGUAUCAGAGUAAAGAUGACAUCCUCAUCCUGACCGUGCGGCUGGCUGUCAUUGUCGCCGUCAUCCUCACGGUGCCGGUGUUAUUUUUCACGGUUCGUUCUUCUUUAUUUGAACUGGCUAAGAAAACAAAGUUUAAUUUAUGUCGUCAUGUCUUGGUGACCUUCAUACUCCUGGUUAUUAUCAACUUGUUGGUGAUCUUCAUACCCUCCAUGAAGGAUAUUUUUGGAGUCGUAGGAGUUACGUCUGCUAAUAUGCUUAUUUUCAUUCUUCCUUCAUCUCUUUAUUUAAAAAUCACAAGCCAAGAUGGAGAUAAAGGAACUCAACAAAUUUGGGCUGCCCUUUUCUUGGGUCUGGGGGUGUUGUUUUCCCUGGUCAGCAUUCCCUUGGUUAUCUACGACUGGGCCUGCUCAUCAAGUGGUGAUGAAGGCCACUGAGACCAGAUGGAAAAGGAAACAGUCAAGUUACCCCUCAUCAGCAAGCCCUCAUCACAUCCUUUGCAAGUUUACAGAAGCAAACAGA